UUGAUCACGGAAGUAAUGUGUUGGCUCUCCGCGGGGAUGAAGGCUGUCUGCGUGUGUCAGCCGCUCCGAUGCGUUUCACGACAUCCGAGUUUCGCUUCUUUUCGCCUCCUUUGCUCAGUAGUUGACUCGUCCUUCUACCCACCGACCUGUGCCCCGCCAGUGGACCGGCCCACGAAGUACUUUUCCCCCUUUAAAGAUGGGUGUGUGGCACUCUGUACCUGGUCCGCCGGAAUACAGACAACUGGCGGACAAGACGGGCUUCAGCUGUGAGCAGAUAGGAGUUCUGCAUAAAAGAUUCAAGCAGUUGAGCCACGACGAAGACACCCUGAGGAGGGAGCACUUCAUGGCCAUUCCAGAUCUGGCGUGGAAUCCCCUCCGUCUGCAGAUCAUAGAGGCGUUCUUCGACAGGAGAAACUUGGUGCCAGCUGGAGAGGGCACGAUGGACGAGAUCCGCCUGGAGGAGUUCGUGGUCAUCAUGUCCCAUUUCAAGCCGCCUUCGCUGAGCAUGACGGACGAGGAGCGGGACAGCAUCAGGAAGGAGAAACUGAGAUUUUUAUUCAACAUGCACGACCACGACAACGACGGGAAAAUAACGCUGGAGGAAUACAGACAAGUGGUAGAGGAGCUUCUAUCUCGCAGCGGGUCCAUCGGCAAGGAAACGGCCGAAAGCAUCGCAGAGGCCGCCAUGUUGGAAGUGGCCGCGAUAUCGAUGGGUCACAUGGAGCCUGACGAGUUCUAUGAGGGGAUCACAUUUGAGCACUUCCUCAAGCUGCUGAAAGACUUUGAGAUUGAGGCGAAGAUGAACGUGCGCUUUUUGAACAUGGACACGACAAAUCUAUGCAAGUGACGUUGGCACCAAUCCAGUAAUAAGUGGUGAGUGUGUGUACAGUACAGCAGGUGGGCAUUGAGCAGCACCGCUUUUGACAAACUAUGCAAAUCCCUGCACAACGCACACAUUCUUCUUAUGUAACAGCCUUGGUAGAUAGUCUAAAUGCAAGAUGUGGAGGCAAUAAUCCAGAGAUGCAGGUUAUGCACAUACUUUGCAAGGGUUAUGGACAUGUUUGUCUGCAAGUGGCCACAACAUUUGGCACACCUGCACAAACCCACGGCAUGCAUCAGAAUUCACCAUGUUUCGAAUAUUUAACCCCCCUCUACUGUAUUUUAUUACGUCUAAUAAUGAGGCCCUUGAGCAUGCAACCAUGUGAAGGGCUUCUUGCAACUGCUUGGAUGCUCACUGCACUGCGUGUUUUGUUUUUUUAGCAAUAAAAGACAGUUACCGUAUUUCCUUGAAUUGCCGCCGGGUAUAUAGUAUGCGCCUGCCUACAAUUACUCGUUUCGCCAAAUAAUUAGCAUAUGCCUAAAAUUUCCCCAGGGUCAAACUCGUCACGUCACGAGUGACACUUCACCUGUCAUCAUUUUCAAAAUGGAGGAGGCUGACUUCAAUCAUUUGAAAUUGCGUAAAGGGAAGAAGAUUAAGAGCUAUUCAGUAGGAUUUAAGGUCCAAGCUAUUGAAUAUGCUAAAAAGAACAAUAAGCAGGUAUGUUUUAUUGAUAUACCGUAGCUGCGUGUGUCAAAUAUGAGUCAUUAAAUGACUCCCGCCCCCUGGUGGUAGAGGGCGCUAGUGAUCCCUCUUGCAACUACUCGGCUGCAGAAGAAGUGACAACAAGCAGCAAGAGUGAGCAGUAAUGGUUUAUUUUUUCCUCUCGCUUGCACUUUUAACAUGGAGGAUUACAUAUCUAAAAUAAAAUAGUUUUCUAAACUGGACUUUCAAUCAAAGCAGGAGGUAAUAAAGGAAGAUCCCCAUCGAGACAGAGAGACUUUUAAAACUGAAGAAAGAUAAGGAAGACUUGUAUAAACAAGUUAUCAAUGCCUUUGAUCAGAUGGAGCGACGCAUGGACUUCAUUUAUAAGUAAAGGUAAGACCAUAAUAAAGUUUUUUUUAUUAAAUGUGCUUCUCAUGAUGGUAUCCUUACAUCACACUCAAAGUUAUAAGCGCAGGCCUAAAUUUACCGCAUGCCUUUGGUAAGCGCCGGAGUGAGAAGACGUUUUAAAUUAAGGAAGACUUCUAUAAACAAGUUAUCGAUGCUUUUGUGGGGCGGCAUAGCUCGGUUGGUAGAGUGGCCGUGCCAGCAACUUGAGGGUUGCAGGUUCGAUUCCCGCUCGUGCCAUCCUAGUUACUGCCGUUGUGUCCUUGGGCAAGACACUUGACCCACCUGCUCCCAGUGCCACCCACACUGGUUUAAAUGUAACUUAGAUAUUGGGUGUCACUAUGUAAAGCGCUUUGAGUCACUUGAGAAAAGCGCUAUAUAAAUAUAAUUCACUUCACUUCACGCUUUUGAUCAGGAGCUGCGCAUGGACUUCAUUUAUAAGUAAAGGUAAGAUCGUAAUAACGUUUUUUUUAUUAAAUGUGCUUUUCAUGGUGGUAUCCUUACAUCACACUCAAAUUUAUAAGCGCAGGCCUAAAUUUACCGCAUGCCUUUGGUAAGCGCUGGAGUGAGAAGAGGUUUUAAAAUGAGUAGAGCAUGCUUGCCUUUACCGCAUACCUUCAGUAAACGCCAGAGUGAGAAGAGGUUUUAAUUUUUAAUCAGCGCCCCGGCGGCAAUUCAAGGAAACACGGUAAGCAAAAAGUGGAGGUGGAGAUGUAUCAUUUUGACCACAAGGAAAUGGAGUAAACAUAACAAGGCGUUUCUGAUCCAACCUGUUUUGUUUGUUGCACGCCACAAUCUUAUCAGAUGCAAUACUUGGAUGAAAUACAGAUUUUAAAUGCCUUUGUGUUGGUUUUCUGACAUAAUUAUUAUGUGUUUUGCAGUGUAUUUAUUGUUAGUUUGGUGUGUUUGUGCUUGAUCAGGGAUGUCUAACUCAUUUUCACUGAGGGCCACAUGGCAGUUAUGGCUGCCCUCUGAGGGCCACUUGGAACACAGUCAUAAAUGAAUAUAAAUGUAAAA